AUGAUUUUUUUCCAUUCAAUAACAUCAUUAAAAAAAUGUUAUAAUAUAAUUACUGAAAUUUAUAUUAUUUUUGAUUUUUUAAGACAUAUACUUAUUUAUAAAGCAAUAACAAAAAGAAACGCAAACGCAAACGCUAUUAUUUUCUUUUAUUCUGUAAAUAAAAAGGAGACAUUUGAACUUCUUGAGCAUCUUGUAAAUGAAAUCAAAUUGAAUAUUCAUGAUAAAGAUAACGUUAAUAUCGUGAAAUUCAUUAUUUGUGGUACACGAAACGAUCUUAUAAGUCAAAGAGUUGUUUCGAAAAUCAAAGCAGUAAAUUUUGCAAAACAAAAUGGAUGUGUCUAUGUUGAAAUAGGAGAACAAGUCAAUCCAUUAACAAAUGUGUUAAUCGAAGAAGUGUUUAAUUUAUAUAACCAAAAUUCAAACGAUGAACCAAAAAUUCUUACAGCAGCUGAAAGAGAUAAGGAAAUGUGUCCCAUUUUUUAA